AUGAUUUACGCCAUAGAGGAGAUUAACAAGAAUCCAGACCUUCUUCCAAAUAUCACCCUGGGCUACCAGAUCUUCGACACUUGUCCUAUACUAAGACGGGCAGUAGAAGGAACUCUGUGGAUGUUAUCUGGUGGAAAAGAAAGCAUUCCAAAUUAUCGUUGUGAACAAACAGGGACUUUUGCUGGUAUCGUUGGUGACUCUGCGUCUACACGCUCCAUUCAAAUGGCACACAUUUUAGGUCUUUAUAAAUAUCCACAGAUAAGCUACUUCUCAACCAACCCAACUCUCAGCAACAGAAAGAUAUUUCCUUCUUUCUUUCGUACCAUACCUAGUGAUGUAUUUCAGUCCCAAGGUCUUGCCAACCUAAUCCUGCAUUUUGGUUGGUCGUGGGUUGGCUUUCUAGCAAACGAUAAUGACUAUGGUCAACUAAUUCUUCAGGCGAUCAAGCAGGAAUUAAUCAAUGCGGGAGCAUGUGUAGCUUUCAUAGAAACAAUUAUGACCGGCCAGGCCAACAGGAAUGCUCCACACAUUGUCAAAGUUAUCAAGGAAUCAACAGCCAAAGUUGUGGUAGUGUUGUCCUCCAACCCAGAAUUUUUACCAGUUGUAGAGGAGUUAGCAAAACAGAAUGUGACUAAUAAAAUUUGGAUAGCCACUGAAGCAUGGUCAACCUCUACUCUUCUUUCUAAAGAAAAGUAUCAGCAUGUCUUGAUGGGCACUCUUGGGUUUGCUGUCCAUGGAGGACAGUUGCCAGGAUUUAUGGAGUAUAUUUACAGCUUACAUCCAUCAAAAGCUCCAAAAAAUUCUUUUAUAAUAGAGUUUUGGGAGGAAAUGUUUUCUUGUAAAUGGACUAACUACCUGAAUUCAGAUGACAGGACAAGUAACAAAACAGCACAUGACUGUACUGGAGAAGGACAUCUAGGGAAGUCAAUGCUGAAAGUUGAUUUUGGAAUAACCACCAAUGUCUACACUGCAGUUUAUGCGUUUGCAUGGGCCUUAGACAGUCUACUUCACUGCCAGCCAGGAAAAAGCCCAUUUCAUAAUGGAUGCGCAAACAUUUUGUCAUUUGCUCCUUGGCAACUUCUCCAUUAUAUUAAAAGAACAAGGUUUCAGACUAAAGACAAAACAAACAUAUUUUUUGAUGACAAAGGGAAUCCUCCAGCCCUUUAUGAUAUUGUGAACUGGCAAAUAAGUUCUACUGGGUCCUUGGAGCAAGUUAUAGUAGGAAGAUAUGACUCCAGCUCCAUGGAUGGGAACACCAUGAGUCUAAACCAUGCUGGCAUUGUAUGGGUUAAUAACAAAACAAUGGAUCUGUUUUCUGAUUCCUUUAUGCAUAUUCUAUUUGUUUUUAUUAAGGUUCCGCCAUCAAAGUGCAGUUCUAGUUGUUCUCCAGGAUUUAUGAAGGUGGCCAUUCCUGGAAAGCCCAUCUGCUGUUUCCAGUGUGUACCAUGCCCUCAGGGACAAAUCUCCAAUGAAACAGAUGCUGUCAAUUGCCUCCCUUGCCCCUGGGAUAUGUGGCCCAAUCUCCAGCAAGGUGCAUGUUUGCCAAGGCCCAUUGAGUUCCUCUCCUACAGUGAAGCACUUGGCAUUAGCUUGGCUAUCAUUGCCAUAUUCUCCUCUGUUGUCCCACUUGGAAUUUUAGGAUUGUUCAUCCAUUAUAGGACCACACCAAUUGUGCGAGCCAACAACUGGUCUUUAAGCUGUCUUUUACUCGUAUCUUUGUGCUUCUGCUUCCUUUGCUCAUUGGCGUUUAUUGGAUACCCGCAACUAGAUAAGUGCCUUCUUCGCCAGGUUACAUUUGGUUUGGCCUUUUCAUUGUGUAUCUCUUGUGUUCUUGCCAAAACGAUUAUAGUUGUCAUUGCCUUCAAAGCCACCAAGCCAGGAAGUCAGUUAAGAAAGUUUACUGGUAUAAGAGUAUCCUACUCACUCAUUUUCCUUUGUUUACUAAUCCAAGUAUCCAUCUGUGUGACUUGGCUUUCCUCUUCACCUCCUUUUCCAGAGUUUGACCCUAACUCUCAGUCAGAGGUGAUUAUUUUGAGCUGUAAUGAAGGUUCUCCUACAGCAUUCUGGUCCAUGUUAGGAUACCUUGGUCUCCUAGCCACCAUCAGUUUUAUUGUUGCGUUCUUGGCCAGAAGAUUACCUGACAGCUUCAAUGAGGCCAAGUAUAUUACAUUUAGCAUGUUGGCUUUCCUCAGUGUUUGGAUUUCCUACAUCCCAGCCUCUCUCAGCUCGCAAGGGAAGUAUACUGUGGCCACAGAGAUCUUUGCCAUCUUAUCUUCUAGCUGGGCUCUUGUGGUUUGUAUUUUCCUGCCAAAAUGUUUCAUCAUAUUGUUUCGACCAGAAAUGAACUCGAAAGGACUAUUGAUGAAGAAAAACUGUGGCUGA